AUGGCACCCCAAGUCAAAAAAUGUAAAUCUUGUGGUUGUACAGAUUUCACUCGUGAUAUUCAUAGUGCUUCAUCUGAUUUAGCAUGUCAAAAUUGUGGUAGAGUUUUUGAAGAAAAUCCAAUUGUUUCUGAAGUUACAUUUGGUGAAUCCUCCACGGGUGCUGCUACGGUCCAGGGGGCUUUUGUUGGUGCUGACCAAGCUCAUGCUGCUUUUGCAGGUGGUCCAAGAGGGAAUUCUAUGGAUAGUAGAACCAAGACGUUAGCAAGUGCUAAAAGAAAAAUUAGAGCUGUUGCCACAGCUUUGAAAAUUCCUGAAUAUGUUUCUGAUGCUGCUUAUCAAUGGUUUAGUCUUGCCUUAUCAAAUAAUUUUGUUAAAGGUAGAAAAUCUCAAAAUGUUAUUGCUGCAUGUCUUUAUAUUUCAUGUCGUAAAGAGAAAACCCAUCAUAUGUUGAUUGAUUUUUCUGCUCGUUUACAAAUUUCUGUUUAUUCAGUUGGUGCAACUUUCCUUAAAAUGGUUAAAGCUUUACAUAUAACAAAAUUACCUUUAGCUGAUCCUUCAUUAUUCAUUCAACAUUUUGCAGAAAAAUUAGAUUUUGGUGAUGAUCGUGUUAAAAUUGUUAAAGAUGCUGUAAAAUUAGCUCAAAGAAUGUCUGAAGAUUGGAUUCAUGAAGGUAGAAGACCCGCAGGUGUAGCAGGUGCUUGUUUGCUAUUAGCUGCAAGAAUGAAUAAUCAUAGAAGAACUCAUGGUGAAAUUGUUGCAGUUGCUCAUGUUGGUGAAGAUACUUUACAAAGAAGAUUAAAUGAAUUUAAAGAAACUCAUGCAGGUUCCUUGACAAUUAAAGAAUUUAGAGAACAAGAGAAUUAUACACCAUCACAACCUCCAUCUUUUAAGAAAAAUUUAAAAAAAUCUGAAUUAAUAAUGAAAAAAUAUUCAAAUGGUAAUGAACCAAAUGAAGAAGAUAUUAAAAAUGAUCAAUUAGGUGGUGCUUUAAUAAGUAAAUUAUUUGGAUCUGUAGAUUUAAAUUCUAAAGAAAUUUUGGAUCAAUUAGAAAGAGUUAAAGAAAGACAAAGGAAAGAUAUUGCAAGAUUGAAAAGUUCAAAUAAUUUAUCAUCAACACCAAGUCGACCAGGGACACCUCAAGUUGUUACACCUGCAGGAACACCAGGUGCUUCACCACAUGGAACACCAAGACCAAAACAAAAUGGAUUUUUUGUUAGAGAAGAAACUGAAGAUCCAGAAGAUCCAUUAAUUAAUGAUGAAAAUCGACCAAAAAAUUUAAAUAAAUUACCAACAAGUUUUGAUAUUUUAUCACAAAUUAAAUCAGAUGAAGAUAAUUUUGAUGAUAUAGAUGAUGAAGAAUUAGAUAAUUUCCUUUUAACAGAAGAAGAAUCAAAAUUAAAAGAACGUGUAUGGGUUGGAUUAAAUGAAGAAUAUUUAUUAGAACAAGAACAAAAAAGAUUAAAAGCUGAAGCUGAUGAAAUCUCGGGGCAUCAACAACCAAAAAAACGUAAAAAACCAAAUACUAAAAAUGAAGAUGAUCCUCUUAAUGAUGAUAAUGUUCAAAAUGCUAUAAAUAAAAUUGGUGAAGGUAAUUCAGUUUCUGCAGCUGCAAGAAGUGUAUUAACUAAAAAAGCUUCAAAGAAAAUUAAUUAUAUGGCUUUAAAUAAUUUGUUUGAGUAA